AGAAGGCUUCGUUUUCUGUGGGCUCAGCUUCACCCACAACAAAAUGGCCUCAGUACACAGCCAGGUUAUGUGCUCCCACCAAGGCCUAAACUCUGCCCACUGACCACCUAGGGGAAAAGACCUCCUCCCCGGGGCCAGAUGAUUAGCACAGAGUGAACAUGGCUGCCGCUGCCCUUCCCAGCCCCCACUGAGCAGCAGGUAGAUGUCCAAGGCCGGCAAGAUGUCUCGGACGACGGGCGCCUCCACCAGCAAGCAGCCGGGCGGCGCCACGCUGCACCAGUGUGACGUGUGCGGCAAGGACUUCCCCUUCAAAGUGGUCCUUGACAUGCACAAGAAGGACCACAACUUCAAGAAUGUGUACAAGUGUCAUGUGUGCGGCACCGCCUACCCCAAGAAGAGCCAGCUGGACAUGCACUACCGCAAGCACACAGGUGAGCGGCCCUUCAAGUGUGAUGAGUGUGACUCCUCCUUCAUGAACAGCAGCAACCUGCAGCGCCACAAACGGAAGCACGUUUGCAAGCGGCGCUACGACAGUGACGAGUGGGAGGCGGCGUACGCCCUCAGCGACAACCUCAGCACGGAGAAGCGGGCACGGGAAGGGGCGGGGGAGGAGGGAGAGAGCCCCUACACCUGUGGGGAGUGCGGGGAGAGCUUCCCCAAGAUGAACACCCUGAUGGUGCACAAGCGUAAGCACUCCGGGGAGCGGCCGUACCCCUGUGAGCUCUGUGGGGCGGCCUUCUCAGUGCGCGCCAGCCUUGACUACCACCGCCUCAAGCAUGCCGGGGGCGGAGAGACGGCUUACUGGCAAAACAUCUGCAACAUCUGUGGCGAGUCGUUCACCUCCAAGGACGGCCUCGUGCAACACCAGCGGCGGCACAGCGGCUCAAAGCCCUUUAAUUACGACAAGUACUUUGCUGCUUUCCCUAACGGUGACCAGCAGCAGCCUGAUGUGCCGGCCCUCGCGACGCAGCAGCAGCCACAGCAGCAGCUUGGUACCCAGGAGGCAGCGGGCCAGCAAUCUCAGCAGUUACCAACACAGAUGCAACAACAACAAGACCAACAACAGCAGCAGCAGCAGCACAUUCUACCUGAGCAGCAACAUCUAUCACAGCAUCCCAAUCAAGAACAGUUUCCUCAAGUACAGCAGCAGCAGCAAGGGGGAAACCAAGGAGGGGAGAACAGCCAAGUCCCCCCUCAGCUGCACGAACUCCAGCCGUCGCCUCAGAUACACCAAAUUGUCGGCCCUCCCCACCUGCCGCUGCCCCACCCCCCUCAGGCAGACUUCCCAGGCCCUGCUGAGCCCGAGACCCAGGUCCCCGGUCCCAUGGGUCCCCAGGCACAGCCCGUCCAGACCAACGGCCAGAUGGACAGCAGCCUCAGCAUCAAGGAAGAGCCGGGGGAAUGAGUGUAUCACCAGCGUCAUGUUUUUCGUGUGUUACUCAUCGGAUAGGAACACUGGAGGCGGGCAAUGAGGAAACACAGUGAACAGAGGGCAAAAGGCAGCUAUGUGUCUAAACUAAUCCUAUAGACUGUUCAUGUUCAUCCUUGUCAGCCGCGUCAUCAUGCCUUUCACGCUUCUGUCAGUCAGUCAUCCAUUGUUCAUAGCAAGCCAUUCAGACGUCACAACCCCACGCUCUACUUACGACUCCCGUGUGCUGUUCAAGUCAUUUCAUAUACCCUUAGUUACCUGCAUGACAUUGUACACUGUGAGCUUAAGCAUUUUACUCAAUGAUCGCUUCACUGCCUUCAGUAAAUACGGCAGUGGAGUGAGAAAGCGAUGUUUGCGAUGAAAACUGUUCAGUGGCUACAGCAUAACUCACACAACUAUGAAGCAUAAUAUUUACUUUGGAAGGCUUCCCUGACUCUGUGUGUGUGUGUGUGUGUGUGUGUGUGUGUGUGUGUGUGAAACAGAGAGAGAGAGAGAGAGAGAGAGAGAGAGAGAGAGAGAGAAGAGGAGGGUUUAUGUGCCAAGACCCGAUGGUAAUGUCACACACCAUUGUCACUGAAUGCACUUGUACUGUGUCAUCGGGAAAGGGUCAUGUCCGUUGCGUCGAGGAGGGUGUGAUGUGAUCCAGCCUGUCCACCUCCUCAAGCCAUUUUCAACUGUGCAAUGUUUAUGAGCUAAGGAAGAAAAAAAUUUAAUUGACGGUAAACCAUUAAGGCCUAACAAAGAACAAGGGAGAAAUUUAUGUUUACGAGUUAAGGGAGAAAAUAUAAUUGACUGCAAACCAUUAAGGCCUAACAAAGAAUAAGGGAGAAAUUUAUGUUUACGAGUUAAGGGAGAAAAUAUAAUUGACUGCAAACCAUUAAGGCCUAACAAAGAAUAAGGGAGAAAUUUAUGUUUACGAGUUAAGGGAGAAAAUAUAAUUGACUGCAAACCAUUAAAGCCCAACAAAGUAUAAGGGAGAAAUUUAUGUUUACGAGUUAAGGGAGGAAAUAUAAUUGACUGCAAACCAUUAAGGCCCAACAAAGUAUAAGGGAGAACUUUAUGUUUAUGAGUUAAGGGAGAAAAUAUAAUUGACUGCAAACCAUUAAGGCCCAACAAAGUACCAGGGAGAAGUUUGCCCUCAACAACAAUUAGGUUCGAGGUUCAGUGCUGUAACAGAGAAAGUUCCACAAGGUUUUGAUUCCACACACGUCACCCUUGAGUGUCACGCCUUUCAGUAUGCUUAUGACGAGUGCAAGUGUGAAGUGGGUAGCACGGCACUUGUGAGAGAUUGUGUGUGCCACUUUAAAUGACCUGCGUGUGUACUGAGUGCCAGCAACGUCACUUAUCACAAACCAUAGACUUUGGCAGUGUUUUAACUAAGCACAGAAUUAUGAGGAAAACACAUGAGUUAUUAAAUGCUCCCUUUGAGAUCACUUGACAUAAGUUAGUGUAGAGUCUGAAGGCUGCACAUGAAAGGGAAAAUAAGUAUACUAUGCUCUCAGUAAAAUUAUUUGAGAUCAUAACUAUUGAGUCUGUAAGGAAGGAGAAUAUGCUGGAAAGUUAUUUGCUGCAGAUGAAAGGGAAAAAUAUCAAUUACAUGCUCUCAGUAAAAGUGUUUGAGAUCAUAACCAUUGAGUCUGUAAGGAAGGAAAACAAGCUUGAAGGUAAUUUACUGCAGAUGAGAGAGAAAAAUAUCUAUUACAUGCUCUCAGUAAAAUUAUUUGAGAUCAUAACCAUUGAAUUUGUAAGAAAGGAAAACAAGCUUGAAGGCAAUUUACUGCAGAUGAAAGGAAAAAAUAUCAAUUAUAUGCUUGUGGUAAAAGUAUUCAGUUCAUAACCAUUGAGUCUUUGCCUGUGGGAGGAGAAUAUGCUGGUAGGUAAUUUCCAGUGAGUACUAGGGCAUUAGAAUCUGAGGUGUGGUGUGCUGUGGGUGUGUCAGGAGUGCAGAGGAGGCAGCAUAACACAAAGCAUUUUUCUGACAUAUAUAACAGGUAGUGAACUUAACCUGGUAGCAGCGACGGGCCAAAUUUGUGGCUUUACCGUGUAGCAGCGACGGGCCAAAUUUGUGCCAUGAUAUAAACCCCCCAAAAUAGAUGAUACAUAAACUGAUCACAGAUGCUUCGGUAUAUAUUAUGAAUUGGUUUGUGUGAGGGGUGAUUUUUUCUCAUUUUUCUCGCUUAGAGGGACCAUUAAGAAACAUGAUCCCUGCAGCUACCGGGUUAAGUGAGAUGCAGAAGUCUAGUGGGUUAGAGUGUCAAGCUAUGGAAGUAAAGAGGUAUGGCCAGGCAAUUCGAACCUAUGUUGUGCCAUGUAAUGUUGUAAAGGGCAGUCAGUCUUAAAGUCAAAGCUUCAAACAGCGACCCUGUAUCAUCAAGCCUUGAAAGUGAUGAAGUGUAUGGCGAGGUGGUUUGUACCUCAGUGGCGCUCUGUAACGUCAGGAAGGGUAUUUAAACCCCCAAACAGUGACCUUAUAUGUAAAUGUCAGGAAGGGCAUUCAAUCUUAAACCCCAAAACCCUUUAUGUAAACGUAGGUAAAAGCUGCCAAGACAUAAAAAAAAGGAGUGGAAGACGAAGAAGAUGAAGGCGAAGAAGAAGAAGUAGAAGACGAAGAAGAGGAUGAAGGGGAAGAAGAAGAAGUAGAAGACGAAGAUGACACAAGAUGAAGAAGGAGAAGACGAAGGAGAAAAAGACAAAAGAGAAGACGAAGAAAAAGAAGAAGUAGAAGAAGAAAAAAAACAUGAGCGGGGCCUGAAACCUCAUCAACGUUAAAAUGGUAAACAGUAAGUGGUAAGAAGACGAAGGAGAAGAAGAAGACGACAUAACCGGUAGUGUCAGGUCAGUGUGGUGAGCGUGUCAGUGUCGAGUGUAAAUACCCACACGCUUAUUGCCCCCCGCAGCGACGGAACGAAUCCCGUCGCUGCGAGGUCGGAAACAAAACAUAGAGCAUUAUUAUGAAUUACUAUUACUAAUUACGUACGUGAAAUAUUUUUAUACUUAUAUUGUGGCAUUUAGUUCGUGAGCGUUCAACACAUAUGAUAUUUCCUUCACGGCAUACUACUACCACAGGGUUCGUGAAAUCCCACCUUAUUUUCCCGUCCUUUUUCAUUUCACACACCUGUUUGAAAAGCCAUAAAACUAAUACACUAUC